AUGGGCAGCAUUUCUCCCUACAACCUUGACCCCGCGCAGUACACGUUUCCCUCGCCGCUGAAGGGCUGGGAGAACCACGCGCCUCUGUCCGAAUCCAAGGCACAAGACGGAAAGAGCUACGACAGUCCGGAGAAAAGUGUCCUCAGCGAUGCUUACGAGGAAUUCGUGGCGCCGGUUUCGAAUGGCGGUCGUCUCGACUCCCAGCUACCCGGGUUCGACGUGCACGUAUACUUCAAUCCUCACGACGAGUCCCAAGUAAACUAUGCAAAGGACUUGUGGACGCGGAUCCGAUUGGAAUUUCCAGAGCUGAGAAUAUACCCCUUGCACACAAGCCCGCAAGGUCCACAUGCCCCGGGAAUGUUCGAAGUGGCGCUCUUCACGCCCCACCAGUUCGGGGCCUUCGUCAGCUGGCUGGUCGUGCACCGUGGACCGUUGAGCGCCCUCGUCCACCCCAACACGGACGACGAGCUGCGCGACCAUUUGCAUAUGACUGCAUGGCUGGGUCCUGAGGUGCCUUUGGAUAUGGGACGGUUUAGGUUGAGGCCAGUGUGUGAAACGAUGGAUAAACGGGCUAGGACGGUGACGAGGAUUGUGGACACCGGGGUUGAGGGGAGGACCGUGAAAGAGGUCAAGGGGAUUGAGUAG